AUGUCUACCAACAACAACUCUAGUUCUAUCGAACGCUCCUUCUACCUCCCCGAUCUCCUCUCUCUUUCUGCACCCUUCAAAGGCUCAAAGAACCCGCACUAUGCGCCUGCAGCAGCUGAGAGUCGUGCUUGGCUGUCCCAGUACAUGCACGUCUUCGACGAUCAGGAGCGAGCGACCUUUGCACUGGCGAGCUGCGAGCUCCUGGUUGCGAACACGUACCCCAAGGUGCCGUUCGAGGAAUUCAGAACUGUAUGCGACUUCAUCAACAUGUUGUUUGUGCUCGACGAGGUCAGCGAUAAGCAAAGCGGGGUAGAUGCCCGCAAGACCGGCGACGUCUUCGUCAAGGCAUUGCGCGAGCCCGAAUGGGACGACGGCUCUGACGUUUCGCGCAUGACCAAAGAGUUCCGAGCGCGUUUCGUGCCCACCUGUGGUCCCCGUUCCUUCUCGCGCCUGUUGCAGCACUGCGUGGACUACGUCGCCUGCUUCGCACGUGAGGCUGAGCUGCGCGAGACGCAGACCGUGCUCGACCCUCUCAGCUACCGCGAUUUGCGCAGGGGCAAUAGCGCGGUUCGGGUCUGCUUCGGCUUGUACGAGUAUGCGCUCGGCAUUGAUCUGCCCGAUGAGGUGUUCGAGAAUGAUACGUUCAGAAGCCUUUACUGGGCCGCUGUCGAUAUGACGUGGUGGGCAAACGACAUCUACUCAUACGACAUGGAACAGGCAAAGGGCCACACGGGCAACAACGUCCUCACCGUGCUCAUGCAGGCCCACGGCCUUAAUCUGCAGGACGCCAGUACAUACGCUGGCAAGGCAUACGAGGAAUUCAUGCGCACGUACUUGGGCGCGAAAGAGGAUCUGUGCGCACACUCGUUCGGCGAUGCGCAGUUAGACAAGGAUGUCGACCGCUUCAUUGAAGGGAUAGAGAACUGGCCGAUUGGAAACAUUAUUUGGUGCUUCGAGACCGUGCGCUACUUCCCGCAACCGGAGGAAGUCAAGAAGACCAGGCUCGUGGUACUUAGGCCCACCAAGGCAAACGUCGAUCUGUCGUCCGGAAAUUGA